GUCUGUCCUGCCGUCCUGACUGUCUCUGAGAGAGCUGAGAGGUGAACUGACCCUGCAGCCUGAUCCUCUGCUGCCUCCUCACCUGCCUGUGGGAGUGUCUGCUGGGCCUCCUGGUCUCACGUGUCACAGCCAAUCAGACGAUGAGACCUGGUUUAUUCUAAUACCCAGCCAGCAGCUGUGUCUGUGUCAGCUGUCAUUCAGCCUCUGUUGGACGCACCAGGCCUGAUCCAGCAGCCUAUAACAGACCUGCAUGUGUCCACCUGGAGCUCACUGCGGGCUGACUGGAGGAGGACUUGAAUGCUGAUUUAUUGUGAAGAUCGACAAAAAGGACACAAGGAAAAAAAAAAAGGAGGGAGAUGAACCGUUUCCUGAGAGCUGCUGGGGAGAAUGGAGGAGGGCUGCUGAUGGACUGCAGGGAGCUGUCACCCAACCACACCUCCUCCUCCUCUUCCUCCUCCAUCUCCAUCACCUCCUCCUCCUCCUCCUCCUCCUCCUCCAGCUCAGCCGACAGACACGCGGCCCUGCCCUCGCUCCAGACCCGGGGACCUGGCAGCGGCGGGUCGGAGCCGAGGAGAUCCGGGCUGAAACGCAGCCGAGCCGGCCGGGAGGGGCGAGAGGAACCGGCGGCUGCAGCGGAGCAUCACUCUGCAGCGGCUGCUGGAGGAGAGGUGCGCGUCGCUAAGCAGCAGCCGCGCGUCGCUAAGCAGCAGCAGCAUCAGCACCAGCAGCAGCAGCAGCAGCGUCUGGAGGCUCAAGGACGCAGCAUCGGUGGAGAAGGUCUGGAGAUGAUUUCAGCCUCCAGCAGAGACGUGGAUGGUGGUGGUGGAAGCGGCUGCAGCAGCAUCAUCAUCAACAACAACACCGUUGUCUCCGAGGUGGUGGCCUCUCCUGCGUCAUGCACCAAAGGCAAGGAGGAGAGGAAGGGAAAAAACGUGAUCCGGGGCUGGAAGAGGGACCGGGACCGGGACCGGGAUGCUGCUGCCUCUUCCAACCGGACCAGGAAAGAGAAGCCACCCGGUGAUGGAGCGUCUCCUCCUCCUCCUCCUCCUCCUCUUCCUCCAUCCUCCGUCUUCCUCCCGUCGUCCGCCCUGCUGCUGCCCGAGCAUCAUCAUCAUCUGUGCCGCGACGGACACUGCCACUGCGCCGCUCCGGACUCCAGGAUCACGGGAGAUAACGGCGGCAUCAACAACGUAAACAAUAACAACAAUAACGCUGCCGGUUGUGGAGUUAAAAGCUGCAGCGGCGGCGGUGGUGCUAUUGUUGUCAGGCGGCAGCAUGACGACACGCCGGCGGCCAAGAAACACAGAGGAGCAGAGAAGGUAGACCCCAUGUUCACAGUACCAGCUCCCCCUGCUCCAGGCCACCCCGGGGCCCCCGGAUCCUCUCUGCCCUCGGCCCCUUCGUUCUCCCCUCCGGCCCUGCCCACCUCCAACCCCAAGCAGCUGGCGGUGAGGACGAGGUCUAUAGGCACCAACACCCAGGAUGGAGGCGUCUCUGGAGCACUGGAGGGGGACUCGGCCUGUCUGGGGCCCUGCCAGCCCGGGACCAGCGUCAACCUGGAGGGCAUCGUCUGGCACGAGACCGACGAGGGUGUGCUGGUGGUGAACGUGACGUGGAGGAAGAGAACCUACGUGGGAACUCUGUUAGACUGCACCAAACACGACUGGGCUCCUCCGAGGUUUUGUGAGUCUCCCUCCAGUGACCCUGAGCUGCCCGGUGGGCGUGGCCGGGGCAAACGGAUGCGCAUGGCGAUGGCGGAGCGGCCCUGCGUCGAGCCGGCCCCCGCUGCUAAAGUCAGAGGACUGUCGCAGCACCGGAGCCGUGGAGGUGGCGUCGCUGGAACCACCGCAAACAUCCACAGCAAGGGACGGCGAGGAAGCCUGAACCUCAUCAACUGCCGGACGCCUCCGUCUUUCUUCACCGUGGAGGAGGUGAAACCCGCCAACAGCACCUCCUCGCUAUCCUCCGGGAAGCGGAAGAGCAAACCGCCGGCGGACCUGGACCUCAGCAUGGUCUCCUCUGACGACAUCAAAAACGGGAACGGGAAGAGGAUCCGGGCCAAGUCCCGCAGCGCCCCAUCCACGCCGCAGGGCAAAUCCGACCCCUCGUUCAUGGACCCCGGAGGGGGUUGCGCCUCCUCGCCGCCUCCCCCACCCAUCCUCAUCGACUGCCCCCACCCCAACUGCACUAAACGCUACAAGCACAUCAACGGGCUGCGCUACCACCAGACGCAUGCGCACCUGGAGGCCGAGGAGCAGAGGAAGCCGGAGCUGGAGCCCAUGAAGGACGGCGAGAGCGAGGAGCGACUGUCAGACUGCGAGGACGCCAUCAGCAGCUUGACCUACGACCUCUCAGAGACAAACAGCACCAACAGCUCCUCUAAGAAACCGGCUCCUCUGUACAAGGUGACCACGGUGGGCUCGCCGAAGAACAGACGGCUCCUCCUCAGCACCGACCACAGCCCCUCCGCCAACCCCAAGACCAGAAGAACCUCGCUGCUGAAAGACGGGCUGAUUGACGACCUGAGCAAUCUGCCCAUCAUCUCCAACAUGACCGUGGUUCUGGAGAACUGCAUGGUGCCGGACCGGAACUCCACGGUCGAGAUGCCCAAGCUGGAAGCCGAAGGUUUGAUCGACAAAAAGGGCGGUCCGUGCGACAAAGGCAAGAAGGCCAACGGGAAGGUAGAGAAGCUGUCCAAGUCGCGGACCAACCGGCCGAUCGCUCCGGCUCCCGCUCCCCCAAAACUGAUCGCCAUACCCAACACGGCGUAUCCGAGCGGCACAGCAGAUACCGCCGCCUCACAGCAGCCCUCGCCGAUGGCCGCCGUCGGCCUCACCAGUAAGAACCUUCCCCUGAAGCCUAUCAAACCAAAGCUGAGCAUCGUGGUGGAACCGAGCCUCGUCAAAGCCACGCUGGUCACCUGCAGCAAAGAGACCCGCAAGAAGGAGAAACGGAGGCUGAAGGACAAACACAACAAAGACGCGCAAACCAGGACGCCUAAUGGCGACAGCGGUGGAAUCAAAAUGGAAGACGGUGUCGGUGGCGGCGGCGGUGGUUGCGGCGGUGGUGGCGGUGGUUCCAAAAUGGGUGUGAAGGAGAUUUCUGGAAGCCUUCUGAAGGAGCACCUGAGCAAGCAGGAUGUCAUGAACGGACUCACGGAGAGCCAGGAGAGCAGGAUGGCCAGCAUCCGAGCCGAGGCCGACAAGGUCUACACCUUCACCGACAACGCCCCCAGUCCCUCCAUCGGCGGCUCGUCCCGGCUCGACUCCGCCGGCGGUUGCCUGGCGACAGACAGCAAGAACAACAGCCCCGCCUACUCCGACAUCUCAGACGCAGGGGACGACGGGGGAUCCUCCGAAUGUCGUUCCGAUGGAAUCAGAUCCAAGUCGGCGUCCUCGGUCUCCUCAGAGGUGAGCUCUAACAGUAGUCAUGGUAGCUCCGGUAAAACCCCGCCCACAGCAUCCGCCCCGCCGUCAAAAGACCCGCAAUCGCCGUACUACCACGGCUACGAGCCCUACUACCUGCAGGGGUACAUGCAGUCGGACCGGCAAACCAGCAGUGGCGUCGCUUUCCACAAAAGCUCCGGCGUCGACGGCAAAGGGAAAGACAGGAAGGAGGACGCGAAAGAGGACGAAAAAAGCUCCUCCCACGAGUACUCAGACUCAAAGAAAGGCGACGGGCCGCCUCAGUCUCAGCUCCAGCUCGCCAUGAGUCAGACCCAGACCGCCUUGGCCCAGUCGCUGUACUACGGCCAGUACUCCAGAGGACUCUACAUGGACCAGAAAAUGUUACUGGCCUCCAAGUGCUGCGAUCAGACGCACGGCGCCAAGCAGCGAGGCGAGAGGGGGCAGGGCGCGAGAGACGGCGAGGACGAUAAACACGUGGUGACAGCCGGUGGACUAGGUAAAGGUCCGGAUGGCGCCAAAGGUUGCUGUCCCAAACCCGUCCUGUCCUACGUGGAGAUGAGCGAGAGGGGGGAAAGGGGACUGGGCGUGAAGGCGGUGCACGGCGGCGGCAUCAUCGCGGACCAGCACCAGGUCUCGAUGAAAGACUGCGACGACAUCAAGUCGCCUUCCUCUUCCUCUUCUUCGUCCCUCCACAACCCGAACAGUCAGACAGAUCUGGACUCAAAUGUUUCCUAUUCCAGUCCCUCAGACGGCCCGUCCUGGGCUCACUGCCUCGCUCACAGCAAAUACUCAGAGCUGCAGCACGGCGAGGAGGCCGAGGAGGGCGAAGCAGACAGGGGCAAAGAGUGGGGAGCUACCGUGGAGCCUGCCGGGGCCAAGAUGACUUCGGGAGGAGGAGGAGAUAAAAAAGCCAGGGUCCACGAUCUGCCGCCCGCCAUCGCCAUCGCCAUCGACGUGGAGGAAUCAGACGGGCUGGACGGGCUGGACGAUCAAGGCCAGGAGCCGAUGGGAGGGCUGGCGGAGGAGUCCCAGAGCGCCCGGGCGGCGGUGUCUCCUCCCAUGACCCCCCAGCAGCCCUACAUCCAGUACCAGCACUCCUCCUACCCGCCAUACCUGGCGAUGUGUGAGAGCGGCGGGGGCUCCUACAGAGGGGUGUCCCCAACCCUGGUCCACAAUUACCCAGGUUUCCACUACCCUCUGUACGGUAAGACGGCGGGCAGGGAGGAGUCGGAGGUGACUCCGCCCGGCAGAGGAGGAGCGGUGAGCGGCAAGCAGAGCGGCGACUCGUCCUCGUCCUCGGCCAUGGAGCUGCUGCAGCAGCAGAGCCAUCAGUACCACGGGAAAUCACCCGCUCCCGGCGAGAAGGGUUCCCCCGAGGGCGAGAGGGAGACGGAGCGAGAGAGGAACCACUUGUCGUUCGCCCGACACCUCCACACACACCAUCACACACACCUGGGUAUGAGCUACAACCUGAUGUCAGGACAGUAUGACAUCUACCAAGGGUUGAGCUCCAGGUCGCUGGUCUCCAGUCAGCAGGUGUCGGGUCACUCCUCUACUGAGAACGAAGGGAAGAAGUAGGACCAUGUGAGAGACGACGUCUCACAUGAGGAACGGCAGAUUUAUCAGACAUCGAUUCCAUGGUGUUUAAUAAGCUUCGCCUCGCUGAGAGGCAGAGAACUAGAAUUAAAGAUAAAAACCCUCUUUUCAUUUGUUACUAAUGAAAACCACCUGUUUUAUAACACGUCAUCAUCGAGGAGCGGUCGGAGAGGACGGCAAGCCGGAUCGGGAGGAAACCAGAUGACUUGACUUUUCAAGCUUUCGUUGGUUUUGCAGGAUUUGGACAGAAGCAGGCGGCGCGUGUAAAACUCCCAGAGCGCCGCUGCGGCGUUCACCUUUAUAAAAAUGCACAUUUAUCGUAGUGUAUUAUGAUGAUAUGACUGAAUGUACUGAAGAGGACUUAUCCCGAUAGUGUUGAUUUUUAAAACCUCCUACUGGGAAACAGCAUUAGGAAGCUAAAAAGUCUAUUAUUCUCCUUAUUAUUCUGAUUAUUGAAGUGGUCCUCCUCCCUCCAUAGUGCUGACACGCUACAUUUGUAUUACUAACCUGUACUUGAGCGUAACCAUGUUGAUUGUAUUGUCUUUAUGUGAGAGUAAACCUUCACAUCGACCUGCCCGGUACCAUGUAGGAACCCAGUGGUGUAUAUAUUCUGUACAGAUUCAUGGCGGAGCACUAACAUGCUUUAUCCUACUCUAUGUUGAUCUCCAUCAGCCGUGCACGGGGAGCAGCGGGCGGAGCGGGGAAAACCAGCAGGAACCAGAACCGCUAUUUCUUUAUUAGCCGAGUUCAUGUUCCACUAAUUAAUGUUACACACGUAUCCCAUCAGACCUGAUGAUCAGUGUGUCCUUUACUGGAUGUUAACCCCAGUUUGUGCCUCGUAGAUUCUUUCAGUUCGCUGUUGACUCAUAUGACCACAUCUGACACUGCGAUGGUUAGAAAGAAGGUUUGCGUCGGGUUAGCGUUGUGAAACUGCCGCGUUUGUAAUGGUUUGUGUCCGCGGGGUUUGUUUUUAGACGCGAAGGGUCGCGUCGUUUCCCAGCAUUAAACGCUUGAUGGGCUGCCACUUGGCACCUGAUUGGACGAAUGCUUUCCCUCGUGGGCUGUGUGCUCCCAACUUUUAAACCAGAAACAACAUGUCGGGCCGCUUCGAGACUUUUUUUCUCGUGUAUUACAAAAAUAGUUCACCGAAAUGUGUUUCUGAAAACAUCGGAGGCGAGAAAUAAGUCAUGCGUGCGCUGAAUUUGCCUUCAUUUUAGAUCGACGGCGGUUAGUUUGAAAGUUUCUUGGGAGUUUCCAGAGACGGCGAGUCGUGCUAGAUGCCAAUCAGACCAGGCUGGGUUAAGGUUUGGUUAGGUUUAGGCACAAAAAGUAUUUGAUUAGUGUUAGGAAAUAUCAAAAGUUGGGUGUAAAUGAACUGCUUGGUUAAUGUUAGAGUUUUGUUUUCAUUUGGCAAAACAAUCUCACCAUGAGGUCCACUUAGGAGCUGAUCUGGAGCUUUUAAUUCUACCACGUCAUGCCAUGAAACUGAAGAACAAGGUCCAUUCAGAGAAUCAACUUUGAUGCAAACAAGUACAAGAAGUCCUUAAAGUGCUCAGAAGGAUGGGGGAAUCUGAAUAUCUACGGUUCCAUGCAAACUGGACAAACUCCACCUGCUGAGGAAGAUGAUGUGAAACCAUUGAAAGCUCCAGAUCAGCUACUAAAUGGACGUCAUGGUGAGAUUGUUUUGCUCUAGUCGAGAGGAAGGAAACUGCAGCCUCUUUAUGAUCCAUCCAUCCAACCAGAUAUAGUGACGUUUUGAGACUCCUAUUAUUUGUCUUGAAGAUAAUCAACAAUCAUCAGCAGAGAUUUGUGAUGUAACGAUGAGCUGCAGCUUCAAUCAGAGGUACAACCUGGGGUUAGGUGAAUGAAUGAUGACGGAUGCCAGUGAGUGCAUGCUAGUUUAUUUAAACAUGAAAGAGUGAAACAGUUCUACUUUUAGUCGCAGCACCUCUGCAGGACAAUUCCAGUGUUAACAUCUUUAUUCUUCCCUCUACAGUCACAACACGGUACUCAAAGCUCAAUGGGAUUCAGUGCGUUUGCUCAGGUACGAUAGUGAGUAUAU